AUGGAUUUGCGGCCAUUGAUAUGCGAGGAUGCAAUUUGCGAAGAGAAAUCCAAGAUAUCGAUUCGAAAUAUUUUAGAAGCAACAGGAGCAACACCCGAAGAAGCAGAGCAAGCUUCCAUAAUAAUACAAUCUGCGUUCCGCGGUCACUACGAAAGGAUGUCCUUAAACGAGGCCCAAGGAAGAAUUCAAUGGCAAAGAGCAGUGGCGAACACCCUGAAUAUUCUGAAGAAGGCUGGUGCAACGCAAACGGAAAUUGCUAAAGCCGCGAGACACGUGAAAUUUGCCUAUCGAGGAUACUACAACAGAAGGAAUCAAAAGAUCGACCCUCUGGAAGACGAGCCUCUCAAGAAGGAUGAACGUAUAUUGGAGCCCGUGGAGGCUUUCCAAGCGGUUGCUUGGAUGGACGUGAUGUACGAAGAUUCUGGAUUAGAAAUGCAGAAGGCCCACGAAGCUGCUACAAUUAUUCAAGUAACGCUAACGAUCGUUCAACUUUAGAUCGUAGAAAUUCGUGAAAAUGGGAAAGAAAAAUUUUUUUCAACGAUCUUCGAAAAAAAAUAUGCAAAUUUGCGUUUUAAAAAUUAAUUGUAUAAUGAUCUCUCUAAUCUCGUAAACAAUUAAUCGAAUGGAUUUAAUCCCUUUUCUCCUUUUCGUUUUUUUUUUUCUUAAGAUAAGAUUUGUUUUCAUAGAAAGCUUUUAAAAAAUAUCGUGCAAAAAAACAAAAGUACGAUUUGCAACAAUUGGAGACAACGUCAACAAUGGUCGCUGAUGCCGUUGUCGAUAAAGUGCAUCAGAAGAUUUUUGAAAAGAUAACCUCGCGCAAAGAUAUCCCCGAAGAGUAUGGCACUCGGGAAGAAAUGAUGUACAUGAGUACGAAAUUUCAAGUAGCUUUCAAAGAGCAAAUGAAGAUGUCACGUUUAGUAAAAAGUAUUAUAAUAUUUGAUACGUAAAUUUUAAUUUACAUCUUAACGCGUAUUUAACGGUUUAUUUUUUUUGAUAAUAAUUUGA